AUGAAACCCCACUCUUCUCUUCUCUUCUUAUAUUCCUUCUUCCAUUUCUACACUCUUUCUUCUGCACUCAACUCAGAUGGCUUAGCACUUCUAUCCUUCAAAUCCCACUGGACAUCACUUCCACCUCUCAUCAACUCAACAUGGAUUCCAUCUCAUUCUACACCAUGUUCUUGGGCUGGUCUCAAAUGCAACUCUUUCCACCGGGUGAUCUCUCUCAACCUUUCCUAUCUCGAUAUUUCCGGUCAACUAGGAUCAGAAAUUGCAAACUGCACACAACUACAACACCUAGACCUUAGUUACAACUACUUCAAUGGCCAAAUACCUAACUCUUUCACUAACCUUCACAAUCUCAAAUAUCUCAGUCUUUCUGUUAAUCUUCUCACAGCUCCAUUUCCUCAUUUCUUGUCUCAAAUCCCUCACCUCAAGCUUCUUGAUCUCUCUUAUAACCAACUUUACGGUUCCAUUUCAACUACUAUCGCCAACAUGACUCAUCUCCAAGAACUCUAUCUCAAAUUUAACAAUUUCUCUGGUGCAAUUCCUUCAUCUAUUGGGAACUGUACUCAGUUGCAAGACUUGUAUUUGAAUGAUAAUCAGUUGGAGGGUGUUCUUCCUUACAGUCUCAACAAUCUCAACCAUCUUGUUGGUUUUGAUGUUGCCAACAAUAAGCUAACAGGUACUAUUCCAUUGGGGUUUUCCGGUUGUAGAAAUUUACUGUUUUUGGAUAUCUCAUUCAAUGAUUUUGGUAGUGGCAUUCCAUAUAGCAUUGGUAAUUGUACUGCUUUAUCACAAUUUGCUGCUGUGAAAUCUAACAUGGUUGGAACUAUUCCAUCUUCCAUUGGUCUGCUCACUAAGCUUUCGGUUUUACGCCUUUCUGAGAAUCAUUUAUCUGGAAGAAUACCUUCUGAAAUAGGUAACUGUAAGUCUUUGAAUGAGUUGCAUUUGUAUUCGAAUCGACUUGAUGGAAAAAUUCCUAGUGAAUUGGGGAAACUCAGUGAACUAAAGGACCUUGAACUGUUUUCUAAUCAAUUGAGUGGCGAAAUUCCGCUUGAUGUAUGGAAGAUUCGACGUCUCGAGUAUCUGUUAGUGUAUAACAAUAGCCUUUCUGGCGAGCUUCCCGUGGAGAUGACAGAGCUCAAGAAUCUUAAGAACAUUUCAUUGUUUAACAACAUGUUCUCUGGAGUCAUACCUCAAACUUUGGGAAUUAACAGCAGUUUGGUACAGUUGGAUUUUAUAAAUAACAGGUUUACUGGGAACCUUCCGCCAAAUCUUUGUUUUGGGAGAAAAUUGAGUGUUCUGAAUAUGGGAAUCAAUCGAUUUCGAGGAAGAAUACCUCUUGAUGUUGGAAGAUGCACAACUCUAAGAAGGGUCAUUCUUAAACAAAACGAAUUUACCGGGCCUCUUCCAGAGUUUGAAAGAAACACCAAUCUGUUAUUCUUGGAGAUCAGCAGUAAUAGAAUCAACGGAUCAAUUCCGUCGAGCUUAGGAAACUGCACGAAUCUCACGGAUUUAAUGUUGUCGAUGAACAAACUUAGUGGCAAUAUACCACCGGAGUUAGGAAGUCUUGUGAAUCUUCGAACGCUGGAACUUGCUCACAAUAACUUAGAAGGUCCUUUGCCUUUUCAGCUCUCAAAAUGUACUAGAAUGGACAAGUUUGAUGUAGGAUUUAAUUUCCUGAAUGGCUCGUUGCCAUCGAGUUUGCAGAAGUGGACAAGGCUAAACACACUAGUUUUGAAUGAGAAUAAUUUUAGUGGCGGAAUUCCAACUUACUUGUCGGCUUUUAAAGAUCUUUCUGAACUACAGCUCGGUGGCAAUAUGUUUGGAGGGAAAAUUCCUACCGCGGUUGGGACAUUGCAGAAUUUGAUCUACGGGUUGAAUCUAAGUUCUAAUGGCCUGAUAGGAGACAUACCAGUGGAAAUUGGAAUGCUGAAAACUCUAUUAAAGAUGGAUCUUUCUCAGAACAAUUUGACAGGAAGCAUACAUGUUCUUGACGAACUCCCUUCAUUAGAUGAAAUCAAUCUUUCGAAUAAUUCUUUUCAAGGUCCUAUACCGAAGAUGCUAAUGAAGCGGAUUAAUUAUCGAUUGUCAUCAUUUUUGGGGAAUCCCGGGCUAUGUAUCAGUUGUUCACCAUCCAGUGGUAUGGUUUGCAACGAAAGCAGCUAUGUAAAACCAUGUGACGACAACAACGAACCUACAAAUAACAAAGGCCUAAGUAAAGUUGCGAUUGUGAUGAUAGCUAUAGGAUCCUCCACAUUUGUUGUUUUGCUGUUGAUGGGAUUAGUUUAUAUCUUUGCUUGUGGCAGAAAGUCUGAACAGCAGGUCCAUAUCACUGAUAACGGAGGUCCUUCGUCGCUUCUUAACAAAGUCAUGGAGGCUACAUCGAACCUAAGUGAUCGGUAUAUUAUCGGCAGAGGAGCCCAUGGAGUUGUCUACAAAGCACUUGUAAGUCAAGACAAAGCUUUCGCUGUAAAGAAGCUAGCAUUUGCUGCCAGCAAAGGUAAGAACGUGAGCAUGAUUAGAGAAAUUCAAACCCUUGGACAAAUUAGGCAUCGAAAUCUCGUCAAAUUGGAAAACUUUUGGUUGAGACGCGAUCAUGGUCUAAUUCUGUAUAGUUACAUGCCAAAUGGAAGCCUUUAUGAUAUCUUGCAUGAAAAGAAACCAGCACCGUCUUUAGAGUGGAAUGUUCGGUAUAAGAUAGCUAUCGGAAUUGCUCAUGGGUUGACUUACCUCCAUUAUCACUGCGAUCCUCCCAUAGUGCACCGAGAUAUCAAACCAAACAACAUACUUCUAGACUCGGAUAUGGAGCCUCACAUUGCAGACUUUGGUAUUGCCAAACUUUUGGACCAGUCCUCUACAUCAAAUCCUUCCUUAUCCGUGCCCGGCACAAUCGGUUAUAUUGCACCAGAGAAUGCGUAUACAACAGUAAGUAGUAGGGAGUGCGAUGUAUACAGCUACGGAGUAGUUUUGCUUGAGCUGAUAACGAGAAAGAAGGUAGUAGAUCCAUCGUUUACAGAGGGUACUGAUAUAGUGAGUUGGGUUAGACUGUUGUGGAGUGAAACAGGAGACAUUAAUCAAAUUGUUGAUUCAAGCCUUGCGAAUGAGUGUCUAGAUACAAGUAUAAUGGAAAAUGUUGCAAAAGUGCUUAUGCUGGCUUUGAGAUGUGCGGAGACCGAUCCACACAAGAGGCCUAAGAUGACCGAUGUUACUAAGCAAUUAUCAGAUUCUAAUCCGCAGAGAAGAAGUAAGAAGGGCUAG